CAAAACGGACAUCUCUCUCUCUCUCUCUCUCUCUCUCCCUUUGAAUCAUCCAUCCAUGGCGGAUCGAUGGGUGGAAUAACGACGAUGAGAGAUCUCAUUGGCAUCGUUAAAGACAAGGUCUCGCUUUCAAAACUUGCUCUUCUUUCUAAACCGCACACUUUAUCCCUCCACCUCGCCGUCCUCCGUACCACCUCCCAUUCCCCGUCCACUCCGCCCCAUGACCACCACCUCGCAACCCUGCUCUCUCUCGGUGAUGGUUCACGCGCCACCGCUUCCAUCGUUAUUCAUUCCUUAAUGAACCGCCUCCACCGUACCAACGACUCCUAUGUCGCCCUCAAGUGCCUUCUCACCAUCCACCACAUCAUCAACCGCGGCUCAUUUAUCCUCAAAGACCAACUCUCCGUCCACCCCUCCACCGGCGGCCGUAACAAUCUCAAACUUUCCGAUUUUCGCGACAGCUCGUCGGCCACCACUUGGGUGCUCUCAGCUUGGGUCCGGUGGUACGCUAGAUACCUCGAAACGAUCCUUUCCACCUCCAAAUUUCUGGGUUUCUUUAUAUGUUCAUCUUAUUCUGUUUUAGAGAGGGAAAACCAACAAGAUUCGAUCUCGUCGAUUUUGAACUCCGAUUUGAUCAGAGAUUUUGGUUCGUUGGUGGGUGUGGUCGAAGAACUCUGCAAAGUCCCCGAUAAUCUACUUGUGGAACGCGAUAGGAUGCUGGCCGUCGUUAUGGAGUUGCUGGCGAACGAUUACCUGUCGACGGUGAACGAGAUCCUACUCCGACUCAGUGAGUUCAAAGAAAGGGUCAAUUUGCUGAGUUUCAACGACUCGGUCGAGUUGGCAUCCGCUUUGGACAGAUUAGCGAGUUGCAAAGAGACAUCAUUACGAGUAUUUUGUAAUAGAAAAUCAUCAAUGGAUUUCGUUUGGGAAAUGGUGGAUGAAUUGAAUAACAGGAUCGGGAUGGUCCAUCUACGGAAACUGGAAAGAAGGGAUAGCGGGAGUGAGUCAGCUCGGUUCUUGGACCGAGUUGGGAAAACGAGUGAAUACAUGAGAUUCUCUUCCGGUAGAUUAACAAUGAAGUAGCAUCUUGAUUUGUUUUGGGGGAUGAUGACGUCACGUAAUAAGAGGGUCAUUUAAGAAGGAAAUAUAUUUGUAUAUACAUACAACUGUACAAGUGUGGAUAGAGAUGGGGUCACCAUCGAAGCUAUUAUUUUCUACAUUUAAUUCGCUUAUAAAUCUGUAUUUUUAAAUGCUCAAUUUAAGAGGAUUUAUU